AUUAUCUUGAAAGGCAUACUGACCACAAUGGGAAGACGAUAGAAAUUAAAGGAGGAGAACACUGUUAUUAUCAAGGUCACAUCAGAGGGAAUCCAGAUUCAUUUGUUGCUCUGUCCACCUGCCAUGGACUUCAUGGAAUGUUCUAUGAUGGGAAUCACACAUAUCUUAUUGAGCCAGAAGAAAAUUGUACAUCUCAAGAGGAAUUCCAUUUUCACUCUGUAUACAAAUCCAGAUUAUUUGAAUUUCCUUUGGAUUAUCUUCCAUCUGAAUUCUGGCACAUGAAUACUACAUCACAGAAAUUUGGUGUGAAAUCAAAAUAUAAAAGAAGAAAAAGGCAGGUCCAACUGAAUCUACCUAGAGUUGAAGAUGAAACGAAAUAUGUUGAGCUAAUGAUUGUAAACGAUCAUCUCAUGCUGAAAAAACACCGAUUAUCAGUUGGUCACACAAACAGCUUUGCAAAAUCAGUAGUGAAUAUGGCAGAUGUAAUUUAUAAAGAACAACUGAACACCAGAAUAGUCUUGGUUGCCAUGGAAACCUGGGGUACUGAUAACAAGUUCACCAUAUCUGAAAAUCCAUUGGUAACUCUACGUGAAUUUAUGAAAUAUAGGAGAGAUUUUAUCAAAGAGAAAAGUGAUGCAGUUCAUCUUUUUUCGGGGAGCCAAUUUCUCAGUAGCCGUAGCGGGGCAGCCUUUAUUGGUGGCAUUUGUUCACUGCUGAAAGGUGGUGGUGUAAAUGAAUUUGGAAAGCCAGAUUUAAUGGCUGUUACAUUGGCACAGUCCUUGGGACAUAAUCUUGGGAUCUUUUCAGACAAAAGAAGGUUGCAGAGUGGUGAAUGCAAAUGUGAGGAUACAUGGUCCGGAUGUAUAAUGGGAGAUACUGGUUAUUAUCUUCCAACCAAGUUCUCCAAAUGUGAUAUUGAGGAAUACCAUGAUUUUUUAAAUAAUGGUGGUGGAGCCUGCCUUUUCAACAAGCCUUCCAAGCUCCUGGAUCCCCCAGAAUGUGGUAAUGGUUUUGUUGAAACUGGGGAAGAAUGCGAUUGUGGAGCUGCAUUGGAAUGUAUGGCUGAAGGUGGAGAUUGCUGCAGUUCCUGCAUUCUAACUGCUAACUCUCAAUGCAGUAAUGGACUUUGUUGUAGAAAAUGUCAGGUCUGUUCAAGUACUCUGGCUGAAAGUCAUCCAUUUGAACUAAAAGGUGUGGUUUGCAGAGAAGCUGUAAAUGAUUGUGACAUUCCAGAGACAUGCAAAGGGGACUCCAGUCAGUGCUCCCCAAAUCUCUACAAAAUAGAUGGGUAUUCAUGUGAUAAUGAACAGGGCAUUUGUUUUGGAGGAAGAUGCAAAACAAGAGACAGACAGUGUAAAUACAUAUGGGGAGAUAAAGUGACAACUGCUGAUAAAUAUUGCUAUGAAAGAUUAAACAUAGAAGGAACAGAGAAAGGUAGCUGUGGGAGAGACAAAGAUACUUGGAUUCAGUGCAAGAAUGAAGAUGUUCUUUGUGGAUAUCUACUGUGUUCUAACAUUGUCUCUAAUAUUCCAAGACUUGGAGAGCUUGAUGGCGAAAUUACAUCUAUUUCUCUCCAAAAUCUGGGAAAAACUUUCAAUUGCAGUGGUGGUCAUGUGAAGUUGGAGGAAGAUGCAGACCUGGGUUAUGUAGAAGAUGGGACAUCCUGUGGUCCUAAUAGAAUAUGCUGGGAUCAUAGAUGUCUCUCAAUGGAUACUUUUAACUUCAGUUCCUGUCCUGGAAGUACAGAUGGCUUUAUUUGUUCAGGACAUGGAGUUUGCAGUAAUGAAAUGCAGUGUGUCUGUGAGCAGUUAUGGACAGGUAUAGACUGCAGCAAGCGUCUCAUGAAACCAAUCAUUGAUGGAAGCUUGCACAAUUCAGGUGUCACUAGCACAAAUAUUAUUAUUGGUGCUAUUGCUGGUACAAUUUUAGUGUUGGCUCUCAUUAUGGGAAUAACAGCAUGGGGUUACCGAAACUAUCGAAGACAGAGACAAAUUCCUCAGGGAGAUUAUGUUAAAAAGCCUGGUGAGGCCGACUCCUUUUAUAGCGACAUGCCACCUGGAGUCAGCACAAACUCUGCAUCUAGUUCUAAGAAGAGGUCUGCUUUUCUGUCGCAUUUUCAGAUUUCUACCUGUUCCAUCACACAUUAUUCCAUUAGUCAGAACCUUUCAUUGUUUUGCAGCAGGUCAAACGGCUUAUCUCAUUCAUGGAGUGAAAGAAUCCAAGAUGCAAAGAAUCUUUCAGACAUCUGUCAAAAUGGGAGACAAAGGAGUAAUUCAUGGCAAGGUAAUAUAGGAGGCAACAGAAAGAAAGUCAAAGGCAAAAGAUUUAGGCCACGGUCUAAUUCAACUGAGACUCUUUCCCCUGCAAAGUCCCCGUCAUCAUCGACUGGCUCCAUUGCUUCCAGCAGAAAGUAUCCAUAUCCCAUGCCUCCACUGCCUGAUGAGGAGAAGAAGGCCCACAGAGCUAGUGCCAGGCUAUGGGAGACAUCCAUUUAAGUAUUUAGCUUUCACCUGAGCUGUCACCAGAACAAUUUACUUCAAAUUUUAUAUAAAUUCAGCAUCACUGAAUCACUGAACAUUCAUCUGCUCAGCAGACAACUUGAUAGAACAAAGAUACAAGUAGUCACAGGAUAAGCGAGUUCUCCCAUUGAAGGAAGACACUGAAUUUUCUACAGUUGAUUAAAAUUUUGUGAAUUACAAAUAAAGAUAUUAACCUGGUAUAGACAGAGCUGAACAUGCUAAGAUACUGUGCAUGAUGUCAGAUAUUAUAUAGACAUUCAGAUACUGCUUUUGAAGUCCCAAUGGUGUUUUUUUCUCCUGGUCUAACAUGUCCCCAAAUAUCUAAAAGAGAGUGAUUCAGAAUUUGGUACAUAAUCAUUUAUGCUGUGUGCAUGAACCUCUGUUUGCCACUAUCCAUAUGUAAGGGAUUACUCAUUUUACUGUAGUAGAGUUAGCAUGCAGGAAUAAGAUGUUUUUUUUUUCCACAGCUCGGUUCUAAAAAGACAAAAUAUUUUGACAACAGCUUCAAUAAGAAAACAGUGAUUUUUUUUUAACCUGUUACAAUUACAUUCUCAGCAAAAAGCUAUCUGCAGACAGUUGUGAAAUAUGAAUACUGUAGUUAGGUUUUUGCCUGAAGAGCGUGCUACAAAACUUAGGAGUCAAGUUAGAUAUUUCAUGGAAGGUUCAUGAAUAUAGCUUAGCUGCAUGCAAAGGUCUCAGGUUCAAUUUCAUCUGCCAAUAGGUACAGAAUAAUUUGUUGAAAAACCAGGAAAGCAUUAACACCCUCUGUUAAUAAUAGUGAGAUAGAUGGACCAAUAGCCUAGUUGGAUAUAAGGUAUGUAUGAUAUCUGGCAUUAAAAAAACAUAGCACUGCAGGAGGAAAAGUUGGCAAUUACAUUUUUUUUCUCAAAACUGGUUUCCUAUCAAAAUUAUCCAGCCCUUCUAUCUCAUUCGUCUAAGUGCCAUUCUAAAUUAAACUUUGCCUCAUGUUCCAGGAAGAACUAGCAUGAAGGAUCUAGAAUGUCUCUAAAAUUUUGAGAACACAGUUUUUCCCCCCCUCUUCCUAUUAAAAUCAAUUGAAUUAAAUCUUGAUUCAAAUACAACCCAUUUUUUUUAUCUAUUUGAAGAAUCAGCCAUUAAUGUGAAGUUGGUCAAAAUGUUGUAUCUGCUGUACAUAUUAAAUACCUACUUUUUAAAAUCUACACAUCUUAACCACCAGUUCAGUUUAACUUUUUAACCAAGUAAUCAUAUAAUACUGUGUAAGCUUGUACAAGUAUUGGCAAAUAAGAAAUGUUCAAGUGCUUGACUGAAUGACCAGAGACCAUUCAUCUGUGUACAGUUGUAUAAUAAUAUGCUUUUCUGCUGGAAUGACUGGAGGAUUCUCAUAAUUUCUAUUUGGAUAGGAUAAAGGAGAAUAAUAUACAAUAGGAGUCAUCAGAAUGCAACAUUUUUGUGAAGCUCCUACAAACUAAGCAUUGUGGGAGGUUAUUAGUUUUUCAUAGAAGAAUGAUUAUCCUCGCUGUAGGAGUUUCAGAUAAUAUGAGACAUACAAUAUAAAAAGACAAAAAUAGUCGAAGUCGUAUACAGAAAAAGAUUUUUGAAUAUCCCAAGCAGGAUUUCAAAGCCCUCUUGCUAAUUUCACAUCCAAAUUAUGGUGAGUUAAAAUAAUUAUGAUUGUCCCUAUGUCUUUGAUAUGGAGUUCUUUUCACCAGCUGCUUAUAAGCAAGAUUUAGAUAUGAAGUUUUGGGAUAAUAGAAUUCGUAACACAUGUAUGUUGGAUCUGAGCAUUAUUUAGCACAUUCUAUUAUGGAGGAGAUUUGGAGAAAAUAAUUGCCUUAUCAUGCCAUAAUGGAAGGACAAUAUUGGAUGAAAUUGCAUGGACAGGAUCUAAGGGGUCUGCCUAAGGGUCCUUGCAAAAUCAUGACAUUAAAAGGAUUCUUAGGCAUUUAAUAUAAUUUAAUAUUUGACAGUAUUUGGAUAGGAAUGUCAUUUGUUUUUCUGAAUCUUCUACCUCUUUCACAUAAUUCUUUCUGUAUGUGAAGUGCCAUAUAUGGCCUUCUGUCAUGUAACUGGACUUACUGUAGGAAAUUACACUUUUUGACAAUGUCAGUUCUACAACGAGAAAAGGUUCUAUUCUAAAGAUACCUUCAACUGUAAAUUAUGUAAAACUUUAAAGGUAUUAUAUUUAUACAACUUUGCCAGUUAUAUUUGUACAAAACUGGCUUUGCAGUCAUAGCAGUCUCUAGAAAGUGGCAUAAGGUUUUGGUAAGUAUUUUGAUUUGUACUAAAUAGGAACAAAAAUGCAUAAAGGAAAUUCAUGCAUAAGAGAAUGUCUAACAGAUUAUAAAAGAAUAUAUAUAAAUGUUUAAUUUUGCAGAUAUAAAGUAUGAGGCAGGGACUUGAAGGAUGACUGCUGAGUUAGGCCCGGUGAAAUUUACUUACCAUUAUAAGUCUUUUUCUUUAGUUUCAUUGACUGCGCUCUCUUCCCGGUCAAAGGCAAAAGGCUCUCCUGACAAGUCAAAGGAAAGCUGUAGUAGAGAUCAUCUUCCCCGUCACUUUUUGUUCUUGCUAAUUUUUAGAAGUUUAACAUGUGCCUUUUUGGAUCUUUGGCUUGAUGUAAGUCCAUGUGUUAUUAGAAAAUGGCAUUGUUGCUGUCUUCCAUUUAAAUUACUAAGAAAAAGGAAGUGGGUUUUUUCCUUCCCUUUUCCUUUUCAGACAGAACUGAAUGUAAUGUGAGAACUCAGAUGAUUGUAGAUUGUUCACCAAGAAAAUAAUAAUCCUCUGCAGUUAAUUUGUGGGCAUUGUCAUUGACCAUGGCUAACAUUUGUUAAUACUUAAUAAUUUUAAUGUAAAAUGAAAUAUAAUUUUAAUAAACUGGCAUUUAUUUCUAUGGUCUAGUGCAGGAUUUCUCUGCUUACAAGCUUGAGUUGUCUUGGUGUAUAAAAAAAAUGAUGGAUGCCAAUCGGCAAAAGUGUCAGUAAAUCCAAGACAAUGAAAGUUGGCAAAUGGAUUUUGAGUUCCAAGCUACUGUCCAGAUAAAAUGUUAGGAUGGAUGUUUCUUCUAAUUCCUCCUUACUUCUAUUGCUGGUGUAUUUUAAGUUUUGUGUUUAUGAAAAAAGCAUAGCUACCUUCAAGAUUUUCACUUGCUGUGUUUCAAAACAUAAAAGUUCAAUAAUGGCUGGUUCCACCGAAUGGGUUGUAUCCAAGGUGUAAUGCCAAGAGAAAAAAAAUGCAGGGUAGUUAAUCUGCUAACAGUGACAUGAUGUACCACAAGUGUACCUGAAAUAACUGCCACAAACAUUAUUUAACAACAAAAUUAUAACAAGUGCUGGAUUUUACACAAGCAGUAGAUGCUUUGUGCUAUCAGAUCACUGGCUACAACCCAUUGUUCUUUUUUCAUAAACAAAACUCUUGGUCAUGAAAAUUUAAUGCCUUUUCCUUUCACCUUUUUAAAUAAUUAAUAUCUUGGUAUGAUGUGGUUGAUAAGUAUUUCAUCAGUUUUCAACUUUGUUUCGCUGUAUAACCAAGGAAAUGUGUAGAUAAAAGAAAUAAGAACAUUGUUUCAAUAAUUGCUUCCAAACUAUAGUUGUGUGUUAGUAGUUCUAUAGCAAGGUAACAGUACAGAAUGGUUUUAAUCAAAGAAAAAACAACAGAAUAGAUUAUCUGGGAAUAAGUGUGAAUUAUGGAGUUAUCAGGAAAUAAUAUGUUUUAAAUCAUCCCAAAGGUAUUUUUUUCAAGAAGCAGUUGCCUCUUGAAAGAGCACAUUUGGGACAAACAAAACCUGGAUGACUGAGAAUCCCCAUAGAUAUCUUUUUUAAAGGAUAUUUUGGCACAAUUUACUUGAACAAUCAAAGCAGUCAUAAAGAAAUAGAUUUCAACUAUCAUAAUUCCUAGUCGGUAUACGCAUGAUGAUGUUGAAGUUGGUAUAAUUUGUAAGUGUCAAUUGAAACUAAUACUCAAAAUGACCAUUAAUACCUGGGAAAUCAAUCCAUUACAACUAGACCUCAAAAUAAAUCAGUUUCAAGUAAAAAAAAAUGCUGAAUAUAAAAAAACUUUCAGAGCUUUAUAAUUGGAUUUCUGUCCUCAUAACUUUGCUUAAAAACAAAAACAGGAUCACUUUUUCAUUUUAUCUAAAAUAUUGUCUUACUUUCAAAGUGAAUUUUGCAGGUGUUUAUAAUAGCUACUAAUUAUUUUUGUGCUAUUUAGAAGGCAUCAGCAAUUCCACAUGAUGUGUAAACCUGGUUUAAAAUGACUUUAUUUGAUAGCAUUUACAGUAAUUUAUUAAUUUUUGGAGUCUCUCACCAGGUUUGCUAAGUAUAUCAGUCUUUAACCUUAUAAAACAAUUUGUUCUAAUCUGCAGUUUGAAUGAAACAAAGCUUUUGUAAAACUUAUUUUGAAAUCCAAAAAGAAAUCUAACAUAAGCUAUUUGAAAGUAAAAAAAAAAA